AUGUACAUAAAAACCGAAAUAUCGGCGAGGGAGAUUGAAUUGAUUGUCUUCAGCUACGCGGACAUGGAUAAGCGAGCCGCGGAUAAUUUGAAUAAACAUGGUGAAGGUACCAGCAAAAAACCGCGGAUUGAUGCAGAUGUUGGGGAGCCAUUCCCUAUAAUUAUAAGAAACUUUCAGUUCAAAGCUGUUUCCAAGUUAAAAAGGCUCUUUUCUAAUGGACAUAUAUUCCAUUACACUGAAGCACUUCAAAAUGGUGUAGUACCAUAUUUGGUCAAGUUUAUCACACGUGAUGAUCUAGGAGUUCAGCUGCUCUCUGCAUCUCUUAUUGCGGAUAUGACUUUGUUUCCAAAAGCGGUCGAUGUUUUGAUAGAUAAUGGUGCUGUGGAGCAGUUGUCAGUGCUUCUUGAUUCUUCUAAAGACUCUGUAAUGCAAGAGGAGAUAAUCAGCUCUUUGGGUAACAUGGCACCAGUCUCCCAGGAAAGCUACAACAAGGUUACGAAAACGGCCUUAUGUUUGUUAGUGCAUAUUUAUGCGAAGAGUGAAUCAACCCCUGUUUCUGUUCUUAACAUGUUAGAAUGGACCCUUAGUAUCAUCAAGAGGGGGUUUGGUGCCGAUGAGAUAGAGAUAGAUGAAACAAUGGUACCUUUAUCAAUCAUUACAUGUCCGAGCACCAUUGAUAAAAUUAUUGAAGAAAACAUAGUUGACUCAAUUGUAAGUUUAUCAAAGAUCCCAGAUGAAAAUACCACAGAUUGCAUUCAACAUAAGGUGUACGAAAACUUUGUCCUGAUUUCUAGCAAAGCUAUUAGGGCACUUGUUGAACAAGGUAUCAUUAAAAAGCUCAAACUUCCAUUAAAAUGUUGA